AAAAGAAGUUACAGUAGUGGCAACGAGCGAAGGCGGCACAGUUGCUGAUCGUCUUUCUUUGAUACAAUGUCUUCUGCUGUAACACGGCGAUGGUGGGUGGUUGAGCCGAGAACCCGGCAUUGCCGCUUAGCCUGAGGCCAGCUAUGAGUGGGCUCCGCCGUCGGGGAUUCAGGAGUAAGCAAUCCGCAUACGCCAACAAAAAAAAUUACUUCUGAAAAGUCUUUGUCCACCUCCAAAAUAUCUAACUCGUCUGAUUCUUUUAUUUUCCUUCCAUCAAUCAUGGCUUGGUAUUGGACUGAAAGCUGUCCACCUUAUGCUCUCUGAGGAAGACACUGACCAUGCACAGCCUUGCUGGAGAACGGCCAACAGGGCAGGAUGCUGAUCCCUGUUCUCGCCCCCUUUCUCAAGCCCGAGUUUAUUUGGAGCAAAUUCGGAGCCGUGUGUCUUCCAGCCUCCAGGAGGGUCAGCAGCCUGCCAGAAAUACAGCCUGCAAACGAGACUACUUGGUUGAUGCAGCAAAGCAGAUCCGCUUAGCACUGGACAGGGAGGUUAAUGAGGAUUAUGAAGCUGCAUUUAACUAUUACAAGAAUGGCGUUGAUCUGCUCUUGAAGGGAGUGCAAGUUGAUCCAAACAAAGAGCGUCGUGAAGCUGUGAAACGAAAAACGACCCAGUAUUUGAAAAGAGCUGAGGAAAUAUUCGACUCUCACUUACAGGGAAGCUUAGGAAACGGUACCGACGAUUCUGGGGGUUUCAGCAGCCUGAGGUUUCGGCCAAAUAGAAUUCUCAGUUCCCCAGUAGAGGAUUUGAAAAUGUCAAAGGUCAUUGCAAUCAUUGACAAGGUGCUGUUAGUGCAGAAUCCAUCCACAAAGGAGCCUUUCAUAGUUAAAAGCCUGCCUAAAUGUAGCCUGAUAAAUCGUGAGCGGCAGACAAUAAUACCACAGGGCGUUCCAUUCAUGGUUCGACUCCUGCAGUAUUACGUCAGUGAUGAUGCAGUCUUUCUUCAUCUGGAACACGUACCUGGUGGGAAACUCUGGUCUCAGCUGCAUCAUUACCGGCCAGCCGUCACGGGAAAAGGGAUGGAAUUCCCGGAAUGCUCUAGUCCGCAUCACAAGACCAUUAAACUAAAGAACAGCUACACUGCACCCUCUCUUGCACUAACAUGUAACGAUGCUUCCACGCUUGCACCAGUCAGCAAGGGGUGCCGGCAAAGAGAAGACAAGAAUAAAGUGUGCAAAGAGUUCACCAGGGAGCACAGUUACAACACUGAUAGAUUCGGAAACACACAGACAAGGACAGAUCUGGGUGUAAGUGACAAGCCACCUUGUCACAUGAAUGGUGCAAAUCAACAAAAUGCACAGAAUGAGUGUGCAAACAGGACAAGGACUUGGCAGGGAAAUAACAAAGCUUCAAAAACUAGCCCACCACUGAUUGGCUUGAAGCAAAGUCCUGAGAGGAUAAGUUUGCAGGCUGCAAAUGUGGAAUACAGUGCUGGUGUAACCUUUGACCUUGCAUUCCUUUCAGAAGAGGGCAGAGACUUAACUCAAAGUUGUAAAAUUAUGAAUCACAUUAUGAGCAGCAGUGUGGACAGUUUGAUGCAAAAAGACCUGCGGCAUGGAAAGAUUCAGCUUCACUCACAGGGUGAAGUCUUACACUCCCCUGAUCAUUUUUCAAAGACCAAAGACUCCAAUAAGUCACCAAGCCCAAAGUCAUCAAGAACUUACCAAAACCAAGCCACUCCAGAUUUGUUGAAAGGAAAGUUCUCAUUGGUUAAUGAGAAAUCCCAACAUGGAUCUAGCCCAAUUAGAAGUCCUGUUAGAGCCACCAAUUUGAAUUUGAAGGCUGGCACAAGGCAAGGAAGGAGGGGUUCCUACCAAAUAACAAUCAAUCCUCUGGAUACAAUCGAUAGUAAAGUUAGUAGUGUUAUGGAUAGCUCCAACCUGGUCAUUAUAGGGUCGUCAGCUGUCUUGCCUGCAAGGAAUACAACUGUCACUGUCUUGGAGAAAGGACAGUCAGAGCAGAAGACUUCAGUCAGUGUACUCAGCUCUGUACAACAAAGUAAUGGGCAUCUGUCAUCACUAAGUGUAAUUGAAUCACCAUUAAAAUUAUUAUCAUUGAAAGACAAAACACCUGAAGAAAUGUUGAACGACAAAGAUAAGAGUUCUGCAAAUCUAGAUUAUCAACUUAAACUUCCAGACCAGUUUCUGGUCUCUGAAACCUGCUGUGAUCAUGAGGAUCACAGUUCCAGAAUAGUUGCAGGCAAAAGCACAUUUUGCAGAGUUGACAGUGCAAGAUCCUUGAAUAGGACAUCAGAUUCCUCAGCUCCCUCCAAAACAGAAGGCCAUUUCUUAGCCCCUCCACCAAUCCAUCCAAAUGCCGAACAGUCCAUCUCAAGCCAGGUUUUCUCAGGCCUGUCAGAGGAUCAGAUCAGAAUCUGGGUGGCCGAGAUAGUUCUUGCCUUAGAGAGUCUACAUCAACAAGGAAUUGUCUGUCAGGAUCUAAACCCUAGAAAUAUACUUGUGGAUAAUGCAGGCCACAUUUGCCUCACCUAUUUUGGCCAGUGGAGUGAAGUUGAAGUUCAAUGUAACACAAGAGCCAUAGAGGACAUGUACUGUGCACCAGAAGUCGGUGGGGUUGGAGAAGUAACAGAAGCCUGUGACUGGUGGAGCCUUGGCGCAUUGUUAUUCGAGCUUCUAACUGGGAUGACCCUGUCCCAGUGCUAUCCAUCCAGAAUCCAUUCUCAUACCCAGCUUCGACUCCCAGAGCAUCUCAGUCCCGCAGCUGUGUCACUUCUGCAGCAGUUGUUGCAGUGGGAUUAUCGCUGCCGGCUUGGCUCCGGGGAGAAUGGAAUACACGAGAUAAAAGCUCAUUCCUUUUUCAGCUCUGUUCACUGGAAUAAGUUAAAUGGUUUGUUAAGUUAUCCCAUAAAGAUCUCAGAAGCUAACCGUUGCUGAGGAUGGCCACUUGUAAAUUGGCAAAAAGAAACCAACAGAUGUGUCCAUAAACAAAGGAGCCACUGUACGCUUAUUAAAGGUUACAAGGCGGUUAGUGGCGGGAGGAGAAGAUGGCAGCGCGAUGCAGCGCGCACAGCUCUCCGGUGAAAUUAUAUCGUAUCUGUUAAAUAGGGGCUGUGGACAAUUCUGAUUUGAUGGAGACAGACGUGAAAGCACAGAGGAACAUCUGGAGAAAUUUCUGAAAUAGAAAACAUAGAAACAUAGAAAAUAGGUGCAGGAGUAGGCCAUUCGGCCCUUCGAGCCUGCACCACCAUUUAUUAUGAUCAUGGCUGAUCAUCCAACUCAGAACCCCGCCCCAGCCUUCCCUCCAUACCCCCUGACCCCCGUAGCCACAAGGGCCAUAUCUAACUCCCUCUUAAAUAUAGCCAACGAACCGGCCUCAACAGUUUCCUGUGGCAGAGAAUUCCACAGAUUCACCACUCUGUGUGAAGAAGUUUUUCCUAAUCUCGGUCCUAAAAGGCUUCCCCUCUAUCCUCAAACGGUGGCCCCUCGUUCUGGACUUCCCCAACAUCAGGAACAAUCUUCCUGCAUCUAGCCUGUCCAAUCCCUUUAGGAUCUUAUACGUUUCAAUCAGAUCCCCCCUCAAUCUUCUAAAUUUCAACGAGUACAAGCCCAGUUCAUCCAGUCUUUCUUCAUAUGAAAGUCCUGUCAUCCCAGGAAUCAAUCUGGUGAACCUUCUUUGUACUCCCUCUAUGGCAAAGAUGUCAUAGAAAUGCCCGGUUCGCUGCCGCUGCUACUGUGCGAUCGAGAAUCUUCCAGAGGGAAGGCUCCAAAAUCCCCUGUUUUGCCUGCUGCUGGCGACCGAGGCUGAGGUCGAAGCGUUCGGAUAGAGAUGAUGCUCGGUACUCGGUGUCGGAGGGCUGAUCAGAGCUCGAAGUUUUCGGACGACUCAGAGUCAGACUGUGGUUGGGCAUGGCAGGGAGAGUUUUUUUCCCUCUCCCGUCUGUGUGAGAUGUGGGACUUUCAAGAGACUUUGAACUUUUUCCUGAGCAAUGGCCUGUUCUUCAUCAAGUUAUGGUAUUGUUCCACUGUUGUAACUAUAUGUUAUAAUUAUGUGUUUUUUGUUAGUUUUUCAGUCCUGGUCUGUCCUGUGUUUCUGUGAUAUCACACCGGAGGAAUAUUGUAUCAUUUCUUAAUGCAUGCAUUACUAAAUGACAAUAAAA